AUGUCAAGAGCCACCCUAUUUUACUUAAAGGCUCGCAAUUGCAAGGUAGUGGAUUACUUUCACAUUGAAGAUCGUGCUUCGAUUCCUGAACAUUAUGAAACCUCUGAAUACAUAAUGAAGGCUGGUCACGUCCUAGUUCACUUCGUCGUUUCACUAUACUUGCUCCUACCAAGGUGCUUUUUGAGCGUGAAUAACCACGGAGAAUGUUUACUAACUCAGUAUGGAGCAACUGUGGUUGCUGUGGUCUCCCAAGAUCGUCUGUGGUCCGAGAAAAGGAUGUCUUUAAUGGAUUCGCCAUCGCUGUAUUUUGGAAAUCUAGCAAACGCUGUUUGCCUUCCUAGCAAUGGAUGCAAUUACUUAUUGUUAUCCGGAUGGCGAUUUACGAACUACAGUGCGAUAGAUUUGCUAUCUGUUCGUUUUCCUGACAAUGUAUGCAAUUACCUAUUGUUAUCAGGUAUACGAUGUGUUAACUACAGUACCAUUGAUUUUCCUGAUGUUUGUUUGUCUGAUGUGCGAAAGUGUCAACAAAUGCAGAGCGAGGAUAAGAAGACACAGGCGGCCAUGUGCCUAUUACGCAAAUUCGUGGGCGACAUUCCAUCUCACGUUAAGCGGUGA